UCUGUCGGUUAACAGGAAACACAGAACACUUUUUGCCUGGCCUGAAGAAUUGUUCGGGACGGCUGGGGUUGUCAGUCUGGGAGGGGACGCACGCCCGGGAACAUGUCGGCUUCGUGGGUCUUCUUGUUCGGUUUGCUCCUUGUGGUUUCAGGGGAGCGCGAGGCUUUGUGGCUCGGGGACUACUCUGUGGAAGAUUUGGCUCAGACCUGGACCAAAGAAGCGAGAGCAGAAUUUUGCGAUCGAUUUAUGAAUAUGAUAACGGAAGUUGUGGACAUAAUACUUGAAGAGGCAACGGAGGACGGAUGGACGGGAUAUGGAGAAGCGGAGCGCAGGGCUUGGCGGCGCCGGGGCCGUGUGGGCAUGGAGGAUUUGGCUCAGGACUGGACCGAAGACAUGAAAUCAUCACGUGUGCUUAUUACCGAUCGUUCAUAGACCUAAAAACAGUAUAUGUUUGUGUGCGUUUUUUAUCAUUGUGUCCGCCCUAGUCCUCAGGUAAGCAGCGCAGCGUGAAAAACGCAAAUGGCCUUUUGUUGUUCCAAAGAUCUAUUAUGUAACAAUAGGACGAUACAGAACGUAGAUUU